GAGCAUUACCCCCAGAAGAAGAGUGGAAUAACAGAACUUGUUGGAAAGGGCAAACAUUCACUUGCUUCUCGACUGGGGAGUUUGACAUGCGAAGGAAUGUAACUUGUUUUUCAGUGAUAUUUAUGAGGCAGAAUUAGCGUCAUUUUGCAUACGGCCUGAUGGUGUCCUACAAGCGUCUGAGCCCAGAGGAGGUGCACUUCGCUGGGUGUGGUUCGCUGGACGAGCCCCUGGCUGCGGCGGCGGAGGUGGAAGAGAAGGAGGCCGAUGUGGACGAUGUGGACGUGGAGGCUGAGCAAGAGCGCCCCCUGCUGUUGGGCGUGCUGCCCUGCUCCAUCACCGGCGCCCUCCUCACGCUCGGCGGCCUGGUGCUGGCCGUCUGUGCCGUCUGGUUGCUAGGCACCAUCGUCUGGCUGCGGAGUCCGGCGGGCACCCAGGGGCCACACAGACCACCGCCACCGCCACCGGCCCGACAGGACGGCUGCAGCAGCACAGCUGCAGAGUGGAGGUUUGACUGCUACCCUGAGAGAGAUGUGGUGGUAACACAGGCCAUGUGUGAGAGUCGUAACUGCUGCUUCAUCCCCGUGGCAACGGCCUCCGGUAACCCCGGCAACGGCGUGCCCUGGUGCUUCUACCCGCCGGACUACCCCUCCUACUCGCUGGUCGCCCUGAACGACAGGCAGACCAGGAAGGGGGCUGGUCGCCUGGCAAGAGUUACUACUGACAGCGGCGAUCCAGGCGCUGCGCGUGAGUUGCUCCACGAGACUGACCAGAGACUACGCGUCAGGUUGACUGACCCUGUGGAGAAGCGCUAUGAGGUGCCCAUCGAGGUGCCUGUGGUAAAACACAAGGCCCCAAGCCCCUCCUACAACGUGGAGCUCAGGAAGGACCCCUUUGCCCUCAUCAUCACAGCGGCAGACACGAGUGGCGGGUCAGUCUUGUUGAACACGUCCGUCUCUCCGUGUUUUAUCUGGGACCAGUUCCUGCAGUUCUCCACGUCCCUGCCGUCCCGAUACGUGUUUGGGCUCGGAGAACACCGCUCCAGCUUCCUGCACAGUGUCCAGUGGAACACCCUGACCAUGUGGGCCAGAGACGUCCCCCCUACGGAGUACACCAACCUGUAUGGCGUUCACCCUUUCUAUCUGUGUAUGGAGUCUGAUGGAUCAGCUCAUGGAUUCUUCCUGCUCAACAGCAAUGCAAUGGAUGUGGUUCUUCAGCCCGCCCCUGCAGUUACCUGGCGCACCAUUGGUGGGAUUCUGGAUUUCUAUGUUUUCACUGGCCCAGACCCAAGCGCUGUAAUUGGACAAUACCUGGAGGUUAUAGGUAGGCCUGCGAUGCCAGUUUACUGGGCCAUGGGCUACCACCUGUGUCGAUGGGGCUACAAAUCCAGCAAUGCAACCUGGGAUGUGGUCAAAACCAUACAUGAGUAUGGGAUGCCACGGGAUGUCCAGUGGAAUGACAUUGACUACAUGGACAGGACGCAAGACUUCACCUUUGACCCUGUGGCCUUUGCCACGCUGCCCGACCUUGUGAAGGACUUACACCGGCACGACCAGAAAUACGUCAUGAUCCUGGAUCCAGGUAUCAGUAGUACUCAACCAUCUGUCCUGUGGCCCCACUUGUUGAGGGCAUCCAAAGGCGUGUUUAGAGUACUUGAUUCUGAUGGACACACACUCAUUGGCAAGGUGUGGCCUGGUCUGACGGCUUUCCCAGACUUCACUGACCCUGUCACUCAGGAGUGGUGGUUCGAGAACCUACAGAAGUUCCACGCGCUUGUACCUUUUGACGGGCUGUGGAUCGAUAUGAAUGAACCCUCUAACUUUGUGGACGGCUCUCUGAAUGGCUGCCCAGAGUCCCCGUUUGAUGCACCUCCAUACACACCUGGUGUUCUUGGUGGGUCCCUCCGCUCUAAGACCAUAUGUGCGUCAGCACGUCAGAAGCUCUCCUCACACUACAACCUGCACAGCCUGUACGGCCUCAUGGAGGCAAAGGCCUCUUCAAGUGCCCUAGAGAGGAUCGUGGGGAAGCGGCCGUUUGUGAUCUCCCGGUCCACUUUCCCAAGUCAGGGACGCUACUCUGGCCACUGGUUAGGAGACAACAGGAGCCAAUGGAAGGACCUGUACACCUCUAUAGCAGGCAUGUUGACCUUUAACCUCCUGGGCAUUCCGCUAGUGGGGGCGGACAUCUGUGGCUUCUCCGGUCAGACCAACGAGGAGCUGUGUGUGCGCUGGACCCAGCUAGGGGCCUUCUACCCUUUCACCCGCAAUCACAAUGACAUGGACGCACAGGCUCAGGACCCCACUGUGUUUAGUCCGGCGGCUCGGACGGCCAUGAAGGAAGUUCUUCUCCUCCGCUACUCUCUCUUCCCCUUCCUCUACACACUCUUCCACCACGCUCAUGCCAGUGGACAUACCGUCGCCAGACCACUGCUGUUUGAGUUCCCCACAGACCGGCACACCUAUGAGAUAGAUAAGCAGUUCCUGUGGGGGAAGAGUUUGCUGGUGACACCAGUGCUGGAGCCAGGAGUGGAAUAUGUGGCAGGCUACUUCCCCAAAGGCCUGUGGUACGAUUACUACAUGGGAGACUCUUUGGUGAGUGUUGGGGAGGAGAUUAAGCUUCAGGCACCUCUGGACAAAAUCAACCUUCACCUGAGGGAAGGCAGCAUCAUUCCCACACAGAGACCCAACACCACUCUCUGGGUGAGCAGUGGGCAGCCGAUGCAUCUCAUUGGUGCUCUGUCUGAAGAGGGCGUCGCCGAGGGUGACCUGUUCUGGGAUGAUGGGGAAACCAUGGCAACCUACGAAAACAACCAAUACACCUACAUCCGCUUCCGCGUUGAGAAGGGCACCAUGACCUCAGAGGUGCUGCAGGAAAAUGUGGAGGCUAGCUAUAUCACCGUGGAAACGGUCUCCAUUUAUGGUGUGAAGGCGGAGCCUGAGAGAGUGACUGUGAACUCACAAGAUGCCGAAUUCACCUACCGAGCGAAUCAGGUUCUUACUGUGACAGAGUUGGGUCUGAACUUGAGCAAGAACUUCACCAUCAGUUGGAUGUAGACCUUCGCUCCCGCUGCUCUGGGACUUUCCGGAAUUCCGUUUGGGAAUUCUGUGGAGGGACGGAAGGGAUCCCUCCCCCGCAUCUUCCCCAUGAACUGGCAGAGCGGAGCAUCGUCCAAUCAGAGGCCUCUCUGAUGGGUCACAUGACACAUGACUAUGAAGCCCCUGGGGUGCAACCCAACACUGGCAUCUCUGAUGGUUCUCCUGCUGUUUCAUACAAGGAAAUGUGCAAUUGUGUGUGUGUGUGUGUGUGUGUGUGUGUGUGUGCGUGUGUGUGUGUGUGUGUGCGAUCACCCAACCUCAGCUGUACGAGAAUGUGUGGGUCCUUCGCUACUGAGCUAAAUUGCACUAAUUAUGCGUGCGUGUGUGUGUGUGUGUGCACUAAUUAUGACUCUUGAUGGUAGUGACGAUAAGCCAACCUG